AUGAAGGGAAACAAAAUGUUCGAUGGCAUUGGAGUGUUAUUCAGCAUAUUUUGGUGUCUUCAUUCAGGCCCCGUAAUUCAUGCCUUUCCGAGUGACAGUAAUCCUCAAGAGGUAUUGAAUGAUUUCAUUUGUGCUGGUUCAUAUUUCAGCGCAAAAAUUCUAGAAGAAAAUAUAAAGACGGCUUGCAAGGAGUUUCCAAACGCAAGCCCCAGUAGUAGAUACCCCGCAAGGCUGGAAGAUACUGGUAUAUUUGGAAGUAUUUCAGAUUCUCUUAUCACAGGGCUUCUUAGAUACAAGAAUAAUCAAUAUGCUAAGGGCCACACAGGAAAUAGUCGUGUUGUUAUCGACAUGGACUGCAGGUUUUUUGGGGUUGUGAUAUACAAAAAUAACAAACACCCCAAACCUUGCCUCGAGCUUUCAUAUCCUACAGGAAAUAGUGACACUGGCACUGAUUCGAACUUUUUCGAAGGCUAUAAUUGUACCGGGGCUGUAUUUAGCGACGACUACAUCAAACGGUCCAUAACAAUAGCAUCUGAAAAAAAGAAGCGGAGAACUGAGGACUACCCUCGUGAAUACAUAUUGAAAAACAGACGAAGCGUGUUAGCAUGGCCAAUUUUCGCAACAUUCUUUUACGGUGCAUCGAGAUUUUUCCUCUUGCUCACGGAAACAGGUCAAUUGGUAGGUAUCCGAGAACUCAGAGGACAUGAUGAGCUGGAGUGUCAACCCAUAAAAUUAGGGCUCGUGCCUCACACAACUCGUUUGAAAUCAUUGCCUAUACCAGAAACUGUUGACCAAGAAAACGCUGUAAGAUACAACUGUGACGGUCAGAUCUUCAAAGGCUACUACAUCUUAAAAAACUUACAAAUGGCUACGGAUGCUCACAAACAUUAUCGCUUGACAAAAAUUAGAAGAUUUAAUUAUCCUAGUCAGAUCAUGAUAUCCAAAAAUGAAUGCCCUUCAGGUAGAUGGCAAUGGCCAUUACGCAAUCACACGGGUGCAAAAAAAGCUGCCGCGUCUGUCUCCAGCAACGUUUUAGUAUUUAAUCGGGAUUUCGAUUUUCUCGGUGUAUAUUAUGUCAAGCAUAGAAAACACAUAAAAUGUGCCAAAUAUUUCGUACAGAGACGGCCCGACAAGGCAAGCGUGACAUCAUUUCCGGAUUUAAAUGUGUCCGCUUCAAGUUGCCUUGAUUGUAAUGACGAAAGUGGAUGUUCUUGUCCAGAAGCUAAUGAGUAA